UACUUUUAGAAAGAAAUUUAAUCCAUGCUGACAAGAAAGACAGUAAAGACUCACUGUAAAAGAAAUUAUCACCCCAAAGAAGUGAUGUUCAAAGAAAUAAGAAGGUCAGCUGAUGUAAAAAGACAAAUAGAUGUUUUGUUUGUGAUAAAACAUUUUCCCUAACAAGUUCUCUGAACAGACACAUAAUUAUAUAAGAUACAUACUGGUUUGAAAAAUCAUCAAGGUAAAAUGUGUGACAAAGCAUUUUCCCAACAAAAUAAUUUGAUCAGGCACAUGAUUCGAAAAUGAACACUGGCGGCAAGAUACAGAGAUGUGACAUAGAAAGUAGUUCGCAACAUAGUCCUUUAAAUGCACAUAUGAGAAUACACGCUGGAGAGAAGACUCAUCAAUGUGAAAUGUGUUAUAAAUGUGAAGUGUGUUAUAAAGCAUUUUUUGUACGAAGUAAACUUAUUAGGCAUAUGACAAUACACACCGGCCAGAAGAGUCAUAAAUGUGAAGUAUGUGAUAAAACAUUUUCUUACCGAAGUUCACUGACGAGACAUAUGAGAAUACACACUGGCGAGAAGAAUCAUGAAUGUGAAGUGUGUUAUAAAACAUUUUCUGAACAAUAUAAACGUAUCAGGCAUAUGAGAAUACACACUGGUGAGAAGAAACAUAAAUGUGAAUUGUGUGAUAUAAUAUUUUCUUACCAAAGUUCACUGAAUAGACAUAUGAGAUUACACACUGGUGAGAAAAAUCAUAAAUGUGGAGUGUGUUAUAAAGCAUUUUUUGAACGAAGUAAACUUGUCAGGCAUAUGAUGGUACACACUGGUGAGAAAAAACAUAAAUGUGAAGUGUGUGAUAAAGCAUUUUCUAGACAACAUCAUUUAAUCGAACAUAUGAGAAUUCACACCGGCAAGAAGAAUCAUGAAUGUGAUGUGUGUGAUAAAACAUAUUCACAGCAAAGUUCUUUGAAUGCGCACAUGAGAAUACAUACUGGGGAGAAUAAUCAUCAAUGUAAAAUGUGUUAUAAAACAUUUUCUCAACAAAGUAUUCUUGUAAGACAUAUGACAAAACACACUGGCGAGAUGAAACAAAAAUGUAAAGUAUGUGAUAAAACCUUUUCUCUACAGGGUUCUCUGUUGACACAUAUGAGAAUACACACUGGCGAGAAGAAUCAUAAAUGAGGAUUGUGUGAUAAAGCUUUUUGUACACGAGUCAAUCUUAUGACACAUAUCAAAAUACACAUUUCUGAUAAAAAUCAAAAAUGUGAAGUAUGUUAUAAAGUAUUUUUUGAAGGAAGUAAUCUUAUGGCACAUAUGAGAAUACACAUGGGUGAGAAGAAACAUAAAUGUGAAGUGUGUAAUAAAGAUUUUUUGCAAGAAGUAAUCUUAUCACACAUAUGAGAAUACACACUGGUGAGCAUUUUUGCAAGAAGUAAUCUUAUCGCGCAUAUGAGAAUAAACACUGGUGAGAAGAAUUAUAAAUGUGAAGUAUGUUAUAGAGCAUUUUUUGACGACAUCAUCUAAUUGAACAUAUGAUUAUUCACAUUAGUGAGAAGAAUCAUAGAUGCAAAUUGUGUGAUAAAGCAUUUUCUAGACAAGGUCAUCUUAUCUCACACAUGAAAACACACACUGGCGAGAAGAAUCAUAAGUUUAAUAAAACAUUUUCUCAAUAAAAUUCACUGAAGACACAUAUGAGAAUACACACUUUCAAUGAGAAAUAAAUAAAGGAAGGCUGUGAUAAUGUA